GAGACGAAACCCUAUCUGCCCAGACGCGAACAGAGUUACAGAGGCGGACCCAGACGAUUUCUUCACUCCUCGCUUCCUGGCCUUCACUUCCUGUUUUCUUCUUCUGGCUCCCUAUCGCCGAUCACUUCUUACGCUCAAGCAUGGCAUCUUCAGUUGAAGCUACUCCCUUGGACUCUUCAACAUGUAUCAACAAAUUUGAAGAUCUUGAGUUUAUGUGGGGUAAAAAGAGAGGAGUUGGCGGAAAGCGAAAAGAGGUUCAGUUUUAUGAAUCUUUUACAUAUGAUGGAGUUCAGUAUGCACUUUAUGAUUGUGUGUAUAUGCACACGAAGAGUGGAGGUGAACCUUACAUUGGGAAGCUUAUCAAAAUAUGGGAAAAUGGAGAUAAGUCCAAGAAAGUAAAGGUUCAGUGGUUUUUUCGACCUUCAGAGAUUAUGUAUCAUCUCAAGGAUGAAAAGGUUAUGGUGAAUGAAAUAUUUCUUGCCUCGGGUGAAGGGAUUGGUCUCUCAAAUGUCAACCCUCUGGAAGCAAUUGCUGGAAAAUGCAAUGUCCUUUGUAUUUCAAAGGAUAGCAGAAAUCGUAAACAUUCUGAAGAAGAUCUUAAGAAUGCUGAUUUUGUAUUUUACCGGGUAUUUGAUGUUGGAAGAUGUACAUUGGAUAUGAUAGGCAACAAAGUUGGUGGCUUGGAAGUUAAGUUUGUAUUUAACAGAAAUGAGAGUGAAAUGGCCAGUGAUGUUCUCAAACUUCCUUCUGAUCAGAAAGAAGAUAAGUGUGCUAAUGUGAUGGUAAAUAGGCAGAAGUCAUCUAGUGAUUUGAAAAUUGGAAAGGGUGAUGGGAAUUCAAGCGGUAUAGUUUUGAAGAAAAAUGGACGAGAAGUAAAGCAUGGAGAUCAAAAUGUUUUAUCAAGUGAGCUAGGUUCACUAAAUAAAACAAAGUCUAUAGCUGUGGAGCCAAUAGAAGACAACAAAGUGACAACUAAAGCUCUCAAGGAUCCUUGUGGGCUGGGCAAGGAUGUAAAAUCUGCAAAGUAUUUAGUAGAUAGGCCUUCAAAGAAGGCCAAGAUUGAUAUCUCUACUAAAAUAUCUGAAGAUAAGAAUAAAAGUAAUGUUCAGGAACCUAAUGCUUGGUAUGGAGAAAAUGAGGACAAAGUUCUGCCAAAAGCUGUCAAUUCUUCUGUUUCUAAAAGUUCUGCCAGGUUGGACAAUAAUUCAAACAGUAAAAUUUCUGGCCCUUAUGACAGAAAAUCUUUGGUUAAAAGUGCCCCUCCUGCAGCAGUAACAACACAAACAAAGGCUGGACAUGUUAAACAUUCUCGUGAGAUGGGCAAAGAUAAUAAAUCUGAAAAAGAAUCUAUUGUUGUAGAAGAGAGAACUUCAAAGAAGGCAAAAUUUGAUACUUUUGAUAAGGUAUCCGAAGAUGGGAAAAGUAAUGUUCAAAAACGUAGUAUUAAGCAUGGAGAGCAUGCUACCAAAGCUUCAUUGAAUGCCACCAAUUCUUUUAAAGAAAGGGCUAUAGCUCUAAAAUCUUCCAGUGGAUUGGAUGAGGGUCUUCCAAAAGCAAAAUCGUCAGGGAAACCAAACAAGCUAUCUAAUAGCAACGCACUACCUUUGGGGGAUGCUUAUACAAAUAAAAAUCAAGAGUUUGAAGGCAAGAGCUUUGAAGCGACUCCAAGACAUGUUGCCGAGCCAGUCACAUGGUUCAAGGAGCUUUCAUGGGAGGAAAGAAUGCAAACUGCAAAUGACCAGGGGAGACUUGUCUUACUCCAAAAUUUGGAUCCGGGAUUUAUCUCAGCAGAAGUAGAGGAUAUAAUUUGGCAUGCAUUAGAGGAGAAAUGCUCAACUAAAAUGUUCCAGCGCACUGCUUCAUCAAGCUCUAAUUCUGGGCAAGCUUUGGCUAUUUUCAGAACAAGGGAAGCAGCAGAGAGGGUUAUCAAAAGGUUAAACAACAAAUGCUUAAUGGUGUCUAAUGAAAGGCCACUUGUUGCUGACAUUGUAGCACUUCCCAAAUCCGAAAGAAGUAGUGCACCAUCAUUUGCUGGCCAUAUUUUUAUUGACAGAGUUAGACAUCAAAUGCAGAGGGAAAUGAGAGAAGCUGUAUCUACAUCUCACUGUUCUCAACCCAACACCAUUGAAUAUGAAAUGGCCAUGGAAUGGCGUUUACUGCAGUCUCGAUCUGAUUUCUGGUGGAAGAUGCUGUUCGAGCAACAAAGGCGAGAUAGGAGAAGAAUCGCCACCAAAUUGAAGUCAAAAUGAUUAUCAACUCUAGUACAUAUUGUAUGCCACCUGAUCUCUACAUAUCUUUGCUUUCACCUUAAAUGCUUCUAAGAACAGCUCAGUGUUGAAUGGAGGAAUUUUCAGAAGCUUCGCCCAUUCAUAUUAUUAGUUUUGUUGGGCUGAUAUGAAGUUAAUCCCUACAUACAAAAGAGUGCUAUGGGUGUAUAGAUUUUGUGGUGUAAACUGUAGAGUAGAUUUACUAACAAAUUGAUGACUAAAUCAAAUGAAUUUGUUAUGUUCUAUUUUUACUCUUUAUUUUUGGAUUACAUGAUGUCCCUAGUAAAUCUUUGCAAGCAUUCAAGGCAUAAUGAAGAUCGUUUGACUCA